AGCCGUCUGUCGGCGUCAUAUUAGAAUCGUCUGAUCUUUCGAGUUUCCGUCGAUUGAAGCCGCGUCGCGAAUAAUUUUUUCGUAGGAUGCACAAAGUGGUUUAAUCAUUGUUUAAAUCAAUUAACCGCAUCAUCUUUAUUAACAUCGUGAGAUCUUUGAAGACUUGGACGAAGUAAUGUUCGACGAGGGAGAUUUCGAAGUGGUGGACGAGUGUACAGGUGAGGAAGAUCCAUCGCCAAGUCCAAUGGAUGCUGAGAAUUCUACUAAGAGUGGAGCAGCUUCUGAGGCUACAGAAGUUGUUGAGUGCACGGAACCUCCUAAACAAACAACAGAGCCUGCCCAAAAUCCGGUUAAUCCACCGAAACGUCCAGUAGACGACAGUCCUGAUUUUACUGAGGAUGUUGAAAUGGAUGGACCACAACCCACUAAAGGAGAUUCAAACGAUGGUGAUACCUUGGUAUUGGACGCUUCAGAGAUUCUUUGCUGCGACACCAAAGAUGGAGAUGGGAAAAGCGAUGCUCUAACCUCCGUCGAAGAUUCUAAGGAAACUGACUCUGUUGUGGAGUCAGUACCGCCUGAGCCUGCUUGGUAUGAGGAGAAGUUGAACGCAAAGAUGGACAUCGUUAAGGAGAGAUUGUCUAAACUAGCACGAGUUCUCGAACUAUCUUAUCCUGCUUACAAGCCCUGGCUGGAGCACAAUAAGUCUUCCGUCUGUCAUUUUGAUCCGCCACGACGUUGCCCGCUCAACAAGCCGCAUACCAACCGCUGGAAGUUUAUCUGCAGCAGAAAAACUGUACAGGAGUCAACAAACAAGGAGGAGGACAGCGCUGAAGGGACUGUUAACAAGAAAUUAGAAACAGUCUGGCGGCUGGGUCCAACCGAUGGAUCGGGCCUUAAUACAGAUAAUGCCUCGCAAUAUCCACCCUUUGUAAUGCGUGUCGUCAAGGUCUUUGAGGAGUUCAUUCAAAAUAUCGAACGGUCGCUCCAUGAGGAAGCAAUGGCUGCUAAAGAAUCCUCAACGGAGGUGAAAUCCCCGGAAGAAGAAGAAGAAGAAGAAGAAAAAUCGACGCCUGACGUUAUACCGCUCGAAACCCCGUCCAAGGACGAGUCUAAUCCUAUGGUCGAGGGAGUUAACGUCGAAGACGAUGUUACGGAAAUACCAACCCACCCAGAAUCUGGAUUCACCGGCGAUCGCAAUCACAAUUGGCUCUGGCUUCUCGUCAGAAGCAACAGCAAGGACGAGCUCAUGGUGUUCGCAACUGGGAAAAAAAUCAGUGCAGCGACCAUGCAAAAAUUGAAACAGACUUUCGAGACUGGUCCUGGAAAGGAUUGCAAUGUCAAAUCACUUUAUUGCAAAUCCAUUGAUCCCAAGAGCGGAAAUACAGGCACUUCGAACAUAACGUUUCUCGCUGGAACUGAGGCUCUCGACGAGACUGUGGGCGGAGUCAAGAUUCAACUUGCUCCAAAAACGAAUUUUUGGUGCAAUGCGUCCGGUGUCGAACAAUUAGGUGCUGCCGUUGGCGACAUGUUGAGUCCUUUGCAGAAAACAACUGUAAUCGAAGUUGGCUGUGGUCUCGGUUUGAUCGGUCUUAUGGUUGCUUCCAAAUGCAAAAAAGUGCUUGGUCUUGACGCGCCAUCGGAAGUAGAGGAAGCCGAGAUGACGAGUGAGUUGAACAAAGUGCAAAACGCCUCUUUCGUGAUGGGCCAGACGAGCGAAUUGAUAACGAAAGUGACAACUCUUCUCAAGAACACGAAAGCUUCUGCUAUUGUUAACGGCAACACGAAACUCGGACGAGACAUCGAGAUGAUGACCGCACUCCGAAAAAUUCCGUCUCUUCGCCGAAUUGUAAUGAUAACGACCUUGACGAAACAAUCGGUUCGAGCGAUGCUGGAAUUAACUCGACCAGUGGAUGGUGAUCUUGGCAAUCCAUUCAUGCCCUUACGCGCCAUAUUGGUUGACACUUUACCGACCGGACCUCACUUUGAAGUCGUCAUCCGAAUGGAACGUUUGAAUUUGGAAAACAUGAAUGAACCUUGGUUUUGGGAUCAUGUUAAAUUCCGAGCUGGUCUCUCUCCGAACGAGCUACCGCGUAAAAAUCCUCCACGAGUCAACAAAGGAAACGCCGGAGCUACCGUUCAAGGCAAAAAAGGUGGAGUGAAGGCUAGCCCAGGGCAAGUGAAUGCUACGAACGCAGCUCGUCGAUCUAAUAAUCGAGCAAAUCGACGGAAUAAAAUGAGAAAACAAAGAGCGGCUGCUUGGACUCAAAUGGUUCCUGGUACAGUAACAGGCGUGGUGAGGAAUCCAGUGGCAACUCCAGGAAAACCUGCAACUAGCAACUUAGUUAAAAACCCGAUGGCUGGAAAAGCAAAUGGAGGAAGAUUAAGAGGAAAGAACGGAGCUGCGGACAAAGCAAACGGUACAAAUGCGCAGCAAACGAAACCAGUUGGAGCAACAACGUCUUCCGAGAAACCGGUGAAAGAUAGUCCAUUGAGCCCGGAUCCAUCGAAUCCAGUAAAAGUGGCUAAAUCAACGAAAGUUCCGAACACGUCGACGCUGAAGAAAAAUCCUUUGGCGAAAGGACAACCGAUGCGUCAGAGAUUGUCGGGAGCUCAAAAGCGUAAGCGUCAUUGGGCGACAAUAGAGGCACAGAAACAAGGUGGUGGAACCGCCGGUAACCAAGGUCCUUCAGAAAAGAGAAUGCGCGGUAGCGACAAUCGUGGCGAUUUGCGAGGAAGAUUAUCGGGCCCGCGCGUCAUGCAACAAGCCCAAAAUCAGCGUCAGCACUUGAAAAUGAAUCAGCAGCGAAUGACAGGUCAGAAUCCGAUGGCAGAGGUCGACGCAGCAAAACAAUUGCAGAAUAUGUUGAAUAUGGUUCUCGAUCAAACGAACAAGCUUCGAAAUCAAAUACCGCGUUCAGUGUGGCAUAGAAUUGCUCCUCCGGACAACAGUUAUCAAUCCUCAGGCCACCAAAACAUUCCAGAUAACCAAGGGAACCCAAUAUUCCGCGAUCGUUUUGUACAAAACAUGGGGCCCCAAGAUAUCGUCAUAACGACACCGAAUUCAGAAUUCGGAGGAAAUCCUCCGCCGGUGGCGUUGUUCAAUCGAGGAGCUCUCGAUCGCAGUAAAAUUAUGCCAGCUGGUAUGAAUCCUCAGGAAGUACGCGGUUUUCAAGAUAGUCUGAGAGGAAUAGCCGAGUCUAUGCAAGGAGGAAGAAACUAUCGCAAGAAUCAAGGCAACGAUUGGAACCCAACGAAUCAAGUUGAGAAAACCCGUGAACCAAUGGGCAAUAAGAAUAGUAGUUUGAUGCCAUUGAUGGAGUCUAUAGCUCGCCCACCCUCGCCAAAACGUUCUCUGCUUUCGCCGUCAAGAGCUAUUUCUCCGGCCAGACGUUACGCACCACCUCUGUACACACAGCACGAAAAACGCCAGGCGUCGCCUCCCCCGCGUCAUCAGGCUUCGCCACCUAGGCGAGAACUUACACCGCCUCAACGAAAAAAUCCGUAUUCCGAUAUAUUUCAUCGGCGUCCGGUUCAAAACAGGCCACAGAGUUCUGAAAAUUCAAGACGCGGAACAUCCCCGGUUCGACGUGACUAUCCCUCGGGAAAUCGUGGCCUGUCACCGCCGAAGAGAUUCUCCGACGAUUGGGACAUGAACAGAGGAGAUAAUAUGAACCAGGGAAAUUGGAAUCAACGUCAACAGGGACAGAUGCAACCACAACGCUCUCUCGAGAGCAGCGUCCCGGAUCGACGCUGGUCAAGUGACAAAACCGAGAACUCUCAAAAUUGGAAUAGUUCUUCGUUAAACGACAGAUUCCGACAGACUGCAAAUAAACGGAGCGAUGGAAGGGAGGGCAUGUGGAUGAGCGGCGGUGGUGAUGUUUGGAAUUCUAAACAAACGUCCGGUAAAUCAGGAAACGAGAGACAGUGGCAAGGCGGAAAUAAUGGCCAAGGACCUAGCGGCGAUCAGUGGAAUGGGCCACGCGGUAAUGAUAAUUCUUACGGACAGUCCAAUAAUCGUAAUGACAACUGGAGAAAUUCUGGCAAAGGCGAUAAACAGUGGAUGGAUUUGCCGGAUGACGCGAAAGAUCCAUGGGGUGACGAUCCCAUGACCGGUAAAUCACGCUGGCAAUCCGACGAACCGUCAAACUCCAAUUGGGGAAGAAAUGAUAAAAUGGAACAAAACUGGUCUAACAAAUCGAACGACAAUUGGCAAAACAAAGGUAGUUCCCUAUCCAACAGCAUGCCCAAACCUCUCUGGUCUAGUUUUUCCAACCAAAACUCCAAUGACCAACAACGCUGGAUGCCACAAAACGAACCCAAAAAUUCCAUUCCCCCUAAUAACUGGCAAGGCAACAAUUUCGGUUCCAACAAUUGGCGUCCACAAAAUUAUUCUGGAUUUUCUCAACAACAGAGAAACAACUCCUAUGGAUCCUCAAAUUACAAAGACGGACGCUAAAUUAUAUUGAGCUUCGAAACAGAAUUCACAAUACUUCUUUUCGUUAGAUGCAAUCACAGAUGCUUGCGUUGUUCGAGCCCGAUACAACGUCGAAAUUCCAUCAUAACUGAAAGACAUUUAUAUUUACGAUAGUUGCAAUUUAAUUUCAACAAAGCUAUUAUAUUUUGUCGUAGUUUUUUAACCCUUACUGAAGAGCCGUGAAACAAAAAUGCAAAACAAAAUUCCAACUUGAUGGAAUAUAAAAAUUCGUCACGUCAUGAAUUUUCGUUGUGUUCCAAGGAUUUCUUAACAAUGUCUCAAAAGGCAGUGCAGUUUGAUUGAGAAAAAAAGAUUAUUCAACAAAAAUAAAUAUAAUGUGAAUGAAAAAAAAAAAAUCUCCUACGCUUAAAAGAGACCAUUUUUUUCAAAAUAUUUUUCAAUGCGGGACUCUGCCCAUCAUCACGUCUCCCGGAAAAACAAAUAUCGGAAAAAGGUCACAUAAAUUUGUGAAUUGAAGAGUCAAAAAAUUGUCAUCGAAGCAUAAAUUGAAGAAAAUGCGCUGUUUUUUCAUAACAACUUUCUGAAUAUUUGUAUAUAUCAUGAGAAAUGCAUGCCCGGUAACAUUUCGUUAUUGACGUCUAACCUAUUGUUUCCACUUGUCCGGGCGAUUGAAAAAUAUAUUAUCUUCGCAGACGGCAACUCUCAAAAGUUACGUACGGACAAAAAUGUACUUUUGGUACAUUUUUAUUGUUUUUAAUGGUUACUUAACGAUAUAGCAUUGGUUUUUCAGUCUUUCUUUCUCAUCAUUUCGUCAAUAUUCUCCUGCGAUAUUAUAGUUUCAACGAUGCAACAAAAAAAUUCAAAAAUCUGGUGAAAAUCCAUCAUGAUAAAUAUUGUAAACCUCACUUUUUUCCGUUUCAUUACAAAUUUCGUUGUAAACUGUACGAUGUUUGAAUCACUUCGAAAUAGAUAUUGGCAUCAGUAGUAUUAAUUUUGUUUUCUGCUGAUAAUUAUAUUAGAUUGAUGGAUGUAAACGAUUAACGAAAAUACAUCUGUCGUCCCAUGAAUUAA